CCUCCUACUUUGCAGUUGCACAUGGUUUCAGUCUGAAGAAGUUUAGUUUUCUCCGGGUGUGGAUGAGGAGGGGAUGAUGCCAAAGAGCUGCAGGCAAACACACAUGGUCUGAACUUUGUCCUCCAGCACCUGAUAAACACUUAUUAUUAUUAUUAUUAUUGUUGUUAUAAUAAUACAUAACAAAUACUCUGCAUGUGUUUUUGUGUGCAUGGGCUGACAAAGUCAAAAUUAAGUCAACGUAUUUCUCUAUAUGCGGGAGUCACUUUUGGACAUUUGGAAAAUGUUACACAAAUUGUUUUGUUAAAUUUCUUUCACUGGAUGUUUGCUUUGUGGAAAACAAAGUUGAAGACAAAAAGGAAAACUGGACAAGCUGUUUUUUUUAUAGAGGAAUUCUGAGGCAGGAACCAUGAAAGAUAACUAUGGUGGAUAUGAGAACCAGCUUUUUAAAGAGGAGGACUUCACUGGAGAGGAAGAGGAAAUGCCUUCAUUCAGAGGUCGCAGCAGAGGUGGUUGUGUGAGGUGUCAGCAGAGUCAUUCUCUCCAGCUCGCCGUCAAAGUCCUCUAUGGGUUUGUGGCGUUCCUCAUCAUCACAGUCGCCGUCCUCGCAUCACUCGUGUUCAGGAAAGUUGAAAGGAUGUCAGCAGAGGAGUCCGUCUACCACAGUAAGAUCUCCACGGUUCAACAAGGAUUAGAUGAUCUGAGCUCCACCUCAAACUGCUCUGGCUGCCUUGAUGUGACUCUGUACAGUGAGGAGAUCAGCAGGCUAAAGAAAGAGUUUGAAGAUAUACAGAGAAUGAUACUGGGACAAGAGCAGGUCCUGGACCAGGCCUCCCAGACUCAGGCCACUCUGAGGGCCGUCAACGCCCGAGUGGUGCGCGAAACGCAAAACCACCUCACCUCUAUCCGACUUCUGAACCAGUCCCUUGAAAGAUACGUGGAUCGGGUGGAGGCCUGGAAGGAUGUGAUCGAGGAGACGGAGGAGAAGAUGAAGACUCUCACGGAGGAUCAGUACGACAUCAAAGCGACGGCACACCAAGUGAACACCACAGUGGUGCUCAGCACGAUGUGGAUCGAUGCCCUGCAGAGGAAAGCCGCCGAGGAGACGCUGGUCCUCCAGAGGUUGACCACCGAAUGGCAGAACUACAGCCGGGUUCUGAGCGCAAUCAAAUCCAACACGAGCAACAUCAUGCAGACCAUGCGCUUCCUCCAAAACAGCAUGAUGACAGACCGCCAGAGAAUUUCCAUGUCCACUGAGGUGUAUUAUGACCUCACUCAGCAGGUGAUGAACCUGCAGAUGCAGCUUGACAAUGUGACAUCUUACAUGGAUGAACAUGAGGAGAACAUGCAUGACCUGCACUAUCAUUCCAGAUACUACGAGAACCGCACAGGGGAGCGUUUCUCUGCCUUGGAUGGUCGCCUCAACUCCAUCGAGAUGGAGAUUGACACAGUCUCCUCCAGCAUCAAUGCCACUGUCAGUCAUGUCCAGAGCAUGUACAAAUACAUCAACAUCGAGAGCUCAUCUUGCCAGAGUCGCCUGGGCAGACACACAGAAGACCUACAGAAUCUGAACAACACAGUCUUGUUACUCCUCCACUUAGCUGAGGCAUUGAGGCAGCAGAAUAUGUUGCUAAACGUCCGACUGAAUGUGGAUGUCAGGAACCUGUCCAUGGUGAUGGAGGAAAUGAAGCUAGUGGACGUUCAUCAUACCCAGCUCAUGAAGAACUUCACUAUAGUAAAAGGUGCUCCUGGACCUCCAGGGCCCAAAGGGAACCGUGGUGAAACUGGUCCAAAAGGGCGUGCAGGACUUAUUGGUAGUAAAGGUGACAGUGGCCCCAUGGGAAGCCGUGGGUCAAUUGGAGUGAAGGGGUCUCUUGGGCCAAAAGGCGCACCAGGAGAAACAGGUCCCAUUGGUAACAGAGGGGCAGUAGGAGACAAAGGAGCGAAAGGCUCUCUUGGUCUGCCUGGCCCACGUGGUGAGAAGGGUCAGAAAGGUGACAUGGGCCCCACAGGUACAGAUGGGCCCCCAGGACCCACAGGGCCUCCAGGGAUCCAGGGUCAGGCAGGACUCCCAGGCAUUAUUGGGCCAACAGGACCAAGGGGAAAACCAGGACCAGUAGGACCACCUGGACCACCAGGAACCCCUGGAUCUCCAGGGCUGCCAUACCUUCAUGAGCAAUUCAACACCCAGCAGCGCACAGAUGUGUCUGCCGCUGGGUCCAAGAGGCAGUAAAGAGAUGGAUGGAGAUGACUCCUCCAGUACGAAGAAUUUAAUAUUAUGUUAUGAACUGAAGGAAUAUCAAUCAAUGUGACUGGAAAUGCAAUAAUCCAUUCAUAUGGGGUUGUGCAAGACAAUGGAAAAACUUUAUGAACAAAUGCAAACAACUAAAAUUGGAGUUGCAGUCUUAAAUUCCUGAUGAAGUAACUGUGGCCACAAUGACAUGAAGCUCGAGGACAGUGUGAAGUGACGAUAAACAGAACUGCUGCCACUGACUGAACUGCUGUUAAGAAGUGAGAAAUGAUGGUACUCGGGCCUUAAAUGGACCAUGUUUGGACAAACUUUAUAUGGCGUAGCUCUUUGUGGGUUUUAUUUCUUGAAUUAUACCCAAAUACAACAGACCUUCCCACUUGGUUGGCCAUAUGCAAAUAACGGAGCGCAGAUUGGGCUUUUAUCGCAAUUAAAAGCUCAUAUUUGAUGGUGAGAUUAAUGGGAAUAAUAAACAUCCAUUACUGAAUUUGAAGACUUGCCUAGUUGAAUGUACUGGAAGUAAAGAAUGUGUUUGAGGUUUGUGAAAAGGCCACAAAAACCUCACAGGGUAUAAUGAAUAGGAGGGCUGUUAACCGCACAUUUGGACUAAAGUGGUAUUUUCUGAUCCAGACUACUCUAAAGUUUACUUCCCCAUGCACUAUUAAAUGGACACGGGAACAUUUUAUUUUUUGUGUGUAUAUUAUAUACACCAUAACACAACCUUUCUCUGGUGGAUUGCACUUUAUUGGCUCUUAAAGUGUAACAAAAUGAAGGUCAAGUUGCUUAUAUUUCACUAUGUCAGAGCAGGUACUCUGAAGAAAUGAAGAAUGUCUUUUUCAUCUAAUGGGCAAAAAAAGUAGGAGGCGUUUUAAGAGGGUUUUUUGGGGGGGGGAGAUUGACCAUGGUGCUGUUGCAGUCUCCUGGGCAUAGCUGAACAUUACAUUUAAGACAGUUCUCACAACAUUGUUGUUGCUGAGGAUGAACAAAAUACGCUGUUCCUGCUUCUCUGUCGGUUGGUACGCCCCUGGUUGAAGAAUGGAGCUGGAGCCAGGAGGUGAUUAGCACAAUGACAAGAAAGACAGAAAAACAGGUAGGAAAAAAUGACUCUAUCAAAAAACACAGAUUGAUAUUCUUACAGCAGAAUAAUCUGUAGGAUGUUGGACGUUAUUAUCUUAGCUGUUUCAUUCUGCUUCCUGUUUUCAUGCUUAAGUGAGCUAAGCUAAUGUCUGUGAUGGUUCUCAAUCACGCAGGUCAUAGUCAUCUCCAGUAUUUAGCUAGAGACAACUGGAGUUUCUUGAGUUACGUUGAAGACAUUUUUACCUGUCAUUCUAAAAAGGGAAUGUUCUUCAGUUCUGAAGACGUUUCGCUUCCAUUAGCUAAGCUACAUUAGCUUAAUUUACAUUAGAUAAGCUAAUGUAGCUUACUAAUGGAGCUAACGACUGACUCACCUUCAGCCUUAAUACAAACCAUGUUCAGACAUGAGAGUGAUUUCAAUAAGCAUUCAUUAUAAAGAUAUGACAGAAAUUAUUCAGUUUUAAAUUGGGGAUUAAAGUUCCACCCCUGUAUUUCCUUAAUUUCUGCAACAAAUUAACUGAAAAGUAGACGCGUGACUUUUGAGAGUUUUUGAGUUUUAUGAUACACACAUACAGUAAUCAUUUAUAUCAUUAGAAAAAGCUUUACAAAAGGGACACAUACUAUAUUUUUUGUUGUUGUUGUAAACCUGUGUUGUUGUAAUGAAAUGCGACUGGUUUGCGUUGAACUUCAAUAAAUGCUUCCAUGGAC